AUGGAAACCUUCAAACACAUAGACCUUCGCAUCAGGAAGGUGAAGGAUGCUGACCUUGCACAAGCCUUGCGAGGUCAGAAGAUCCCACGAGCCCUUGCCGAGGAGAGAGCAAGAAGAUGCGUAAUUCGUGGUAUCCGAUAUCACCAUGGCUUUGGGACCGAACUCCGUGGGCUCCUUCCCGAAUUCAACCGCGCCCUCAACGCACGCAGUUUGGGCAAUGAAAUACCGGAUAUGAACCCAGAAUGGCCCGAAGAAUUCCCCUACUGUAUUUGGCAUCCCGAGACAGCGUCAGAGGCAGCCUAUCGCAAGCUAGCCAAGUGCUAUCCUCACAUGAAGUACCUGGUUGGGCGUGCAUGUGCCGUUGCGGGUUAUACAGACCUUUUUCACGAGUUGGAUCUGCUACCCGAGUGUCACAUUGCGGAAGAAGCACGCGAGAGCGGUCACAUGGCGAUCUAUGAUGCUAUCAUGAAAGCUACUGUCAAGUACAAUGCCAUGAACCAUCAUACCAGAGAGAUAUUCACUCCCGUUCCUGGAAAUUUGAACGGUGACAUGGCCAUCCGGUCAUAUUUCGAUAUUCGAUUCUCGUUCAACAGGGGUUGGUCCUCGUACUCGCACUACUAUGGCCUCCACUGGGCGAUUGACGAUGGGAAUUGUGACAUCAAUGAAGACCGGCGUGUGGAUGAGUACGACACAGACCCUCAGACAACGCCUUUUGCCAUUAAAGACGAGAUUUUGCCGAUGCUCUACAGUCCACUCCCACCCGACCUCCCAACUCUCAAUAAAGACCUGCUGAUUAUGGUUGCGGCGUUCUGCGGUGAUAUCGAUCGAUACUCUCGGCUUCGACGACCCAAGACGGCCCACUCGGAAUUCCGCAGCUUGGUGCGAGGCAUCUAUAACAACACCAUGUUUGCCAAGUGGUGCUCACUCCAAACGUGCUCCGUAUUUCAAUCAGGCGACAUCAAGGCUGCUAUCAAUGCCCGGUUUAUCAUGAACGGUGAUCUGUCGCGCAUCACCGCUGACACUCCCGACGAAGAACUGUCAUGUCAUCUGGUACCCAUCCAUCCCACGAAAGUCGGUACUCAAAGAACUGUUCCGGCGUCAACCAACGAUGAAAUCUGCCAUUGCAAAAGCUCGCAUUCUAGCCAACUACGAGGAUGUAUAUGA